UGAAUUCAACCAUUUUUCAUUCGACAAUUUUGCUACGAAAUGUUUCGGUGGAAUUAAUUUUUUAACUGAAGUUGUUUGCCAAUGGAUACAAGAAGAUUACAUUUUGAUGGAUUAUUACUACUACUGAACCCGGAAACGACUACGUAAGUCUCUGGGCUUUUUCAAAAAGAGCCAGAAGCCUCAAUGUUGGACGGCGUGCUAUGACAACGUCACUGCUGCUCCGUCCUCGCUGCUGGCUCGACCCCUCGGUGAUGUUCCUCUACGACAACGGCGGCGGUUCCGAUGAAGUGAGCAAGAACAUGGAGGGUUUCGCGGGUGGCAACUUUGCAGCCAGCCAGUGCAGGAAUCUGAUGGCUCACCCGGCCUCCCUGGCACCCAGCACGGCGUACCCUUCCAGCGACGUGCCCACAUCAGGGGUGGGCGAGCCGGUGAAGCAGUGCAGUCCGUGUUCGGCCUCGCAGAAUUCCUCCAGCGCCUCGUUGCCUUAUGGCUAUUUCGGUAGCGGCUAUUACCCGUGCAGAAUGGCGCACCACGGCGGUAUCAAAUCGUGCGGGGCUCAACCCCCCUCCGCGUAUGGGGAGAAAUAUAUGGACACGUCUGCCCCUGGGGACGACUUCACCUCGCGGGCAAAGGAAUUCGCCUUUUACCCCACCUACCCGUCCGGUCCGUAUCAACAUGUGCCCAGUUACCUGGACGUCCCCGUAGUGCCUACAAUCGGUGCGCCUUCCGAGGCCAGACAUGAGCCCUUACUGCCGGUGGAGAGCUACCAGCCGUGGAGCCUGGCCCCCAGCGGGUGGAACAGUCAAGUUUACUGCGCCAAGGACCAGCCCCAGUCUGGGCACAUGUGGAAGUCCUCCCUUCCAGACGCGGUGACCCACGUAGGGGGCGACUCCAGCUCGUACAGGCGUGGGAGGAAGAAGCGUGUCCCGUACACGAAGGUGCAGCUGAAGGAACUGGAGAGGGAAUACGCCGCCAAUAAAUUUAUCACCAAGGACAAAAGGAGAAGGAUAUCAGCCCAGACCAACCUGUCUGAACGACAGGUCACUAUAUGGUUUCAGAACAGACGCGUCAAGGAGAAGAAAAUUGUCAACAAAUUGAAACCCAUCAGCUAGUCCCCCCCCUCAACACACACACACACAUAUUCAUAUACACGCACACACACAAACACUGGAUUGUAAUGGAACCGCAAUAUUUUAUUUCCUGGACUUUUUGGAGGAAAACCAAAUGCUGAACCCAACAUCUCCCCCCUCAAAGAUUGUCUGAUGAGGAGUAAUAUAAAACAUUAAACUGCAGGAUUGCCCACUAAGGUGUGCGCCACCGAGCUUACACGUUUUUUUUUUAUCUGAAACUUUAACGACAGUGAUAAAUGCAAGGAUCCACAGGAAAUAGCGGUAUUUCGGAUUUGGACCUUGGGAAUGUUAAAUAUUAAUCUCCCCUACGGCUUUUGUUUUCCUUUUUUCAUACUCGUUAUAGCUUGUAGUGCAUGUCUUGUCAUUCAUAUCCAUGUUCAUGGUGCAAUUCUAUAAUGCUCAGAUAAUCUUCCUUUAUGUCGUGCUUGGCAUUUAAUAAUGUGUGACUUUUCAUGUGUUUGUAUAUAGUCUAUUCCAGCAUGAUUUUAAAGCUAAUUGUGUGUCCGUCCCAAUAAAAUGUGGCUCUGGUUAAAUAUAGGCUAUCCAGUAUUGAUUACAACUUAUCU